AUGAAUCAACGAACAACUGCUGCAGUUCGAACACCAGCCGGAUGUACAACACCGUUUGAAGUGAUAACUGGAGUAAGACAAAGGGCGGUGGCAGGACCCUUCCUGUUCAAUUUCGCCAUCGACGACAUUAUGCGAAGAACAGUCGACCAGUGUCCUGCCGACAUUGUCUUAGCACAAUCAUGGUGCCCCUUGACUGAUAUCGAGUACGCCGACGACGUUGUUAUAUUCGCGGAAAGCAGUACGAAACUUCAACAUGUUGUAAACCUUGUAUCGAACCUGGCUGCAGCCUAUGGACCACGUCUACGCCCUGAUAAAUGCAAGUAG